CUACGUGCGUCAGUAGGAGUCCGCACCAGAAUCACCCACACUUCGAAGGGCCACUCUCACCCCGUCUCCUGUUCACAGUGUGACAUCUUGGUAUCCACUCAGACAAGAGCAAAUACAGGACUAGGUAACCAUGGGCUUCAAGCUGGCGAUGUUCCUGGGUCUGACCGGCCUCCUGAUGGUGGCCCAGGCAGACGACUCAAACUGCUGUCUUCCUAGAAAAAUAUGCCGUGGAGAGAUGUUUCUCAGGAAGUGCAGCUACUGGUGUGAGGAUGGCACUAAGACGACUGAGGACGACCCCCACUGCGGAGUAGGACCGUGCGACGCGGACGGGUGUAACUGCGAAGGGGGCUGCAGGGAAAGUCUCUUCAGGUCGGUGGACGAUCCUGAGGAAGCCCGCAGCGUUCUGGAGUCGCUGGAAACCCGCACCCUCCUUGAGCUGCUGCGCAGGAAACAGGAGAAAGCCAAGGCCCUCCGCGAUCUGGAGGAGGAGGCUCAGGAGAUGCUGAAGAACUUGGAGAAAGUGGACAACGGGUACAUCGACUCUGGGGAACUUGCCAAAGAGUAGUCCCAGGAGGACCCCGGAAUGGCGAUGGUCCCACCGCAUCCUGCGUGUGCCGAGCACCAUCCUGGCCUUCCAGCCGUGACUGCAGAUCAGCCGCAUAGAUUUUAGCUGCUUUUGCCUCAUUUAACCGUAACAAGGCUCGUGAGUGGAUAUCGUAGUUCAAAAUAACAAAGAUCA